AUUUCACAUUGAUGUAUAACAUAAAGGAUGUGUGCACAUCAACAGUCAAUAUAUAAAAAUCGUUUUAUUUCAGUAAAAUACUAAAUGUUUACAGAAAAGUGUUAUUUUCACAAACAAUUGCAAUCGAAAUUUUAAAAAAGAAACCAUAUUAAAGAUGAUUCGAAUAAAUAAUUUGAAUUGAGUGAAUUUUUAUUGGAAUAAGUAUUUUUGUGAGCGAAAGGUGUUUGUUUUUUGUUUUGUGUUGAAAAAAAAUUUGUUAAAGAGUCGAGAAAAAAAUGGACUUUGAUACAGCAAAGGAGAAUAUACAGCCAUUGGCUAGUGGUCGUAAUGCUGAACAUUUGGAAACUGCAUUGCAUGCUGAAUCGGAUCAAGAGACCCAAGAAAGAUUGCAUGAACAGCGCCGUGAAUUUGAGAAGGCAAUCGAAACGUAUGUGGGAGACGAUCCACUACAGCCAUGGUAUGAUUACAUUGAGUGGGUCGAACAAGUGUAUCCAAAAAGUGGCAAGGAGUCAGCAUUACAUGAAAUACUCUCGAAAUGUUUGGCGGAAUUUGAAGAAAACAGACGAUAUUUUCAAGAUCGUCGAAUGGUGAAGCUGUACAUCAAAUAUAUCGAUUCAGAGUCAAAUCCGCCACAAUUCUACGAGCAAUUGUACAACAGUGGCAUCGGUACAAUGGUGGCCGACUUAUAUCUUUGUUGGGCGCACUACUAUGAUUAUUGCGACAAUUUUGAAAAGGCCGAAUCGGUUUAUCGUAAGGGUUUGGAUGCUCGUGCACAGCCCAUUGAGUUGCUUGAGCAAGCGCAUCGCCAAUUCGGUUUUUCAAUGUCACAACGCAUAUUGUACAAAGAUGAAUCGGCACAACGUGAAUUCCGUUCGACAAUGGAGGAACAGCGAUUGGCAUUAACGUCGCUGCGAGCACAUAAACACCGUCAUGUGGGCAGCAUUCGAACUGGGUCGGCGGUGAAAAGUUAUAAUCCCGGUCGUGUUGAGCAACAUGGUGCGUCGAGUCGAAAUUCGCGUCUUAAGGACAAUCGAAAUGUACAAAUAUUUGAGGAUAACGGCGAAGAGCCAACAUCACCAGUGGCCUCAACAUCGGUUGUUCAAUCGAUUAUCAAUAGUACAAAAAAGCAGGAGAAUAUGCGUGAACCGGGACCAUGGAAUAAGGCAAAAAUCAAAUCGAAUCCAUUGUUUUCCGGUGCCAGUUCGACAAAACCAUCAUUUUCGAUAUUGGAAGAUGAUAAUUUACUACCGCCACCAAUACCAUUGGACGAAAAAGACAACAAUUAUGCACGUGGCAUUCAAUUGCCGAGGGAUUUUGUGAGAAAAAAUCUACCGCAAGAGGAAUUCUUAUUUCAAUUGCAUCGAGACGACGAACCGGGCAAGAAUACUCUGUAUAAUUACGAUAAAUUCAUGCUAUUCCCUGCCAAAGAUAAAUGCUACUCAUUGGAAGAGCUGUGUGCCUAUAAAUGGUUCAAGAAAAAUAACAUCAAAAACACUUUCACCGAAACUCAGGCGGCCAUUUGGGAAAAUGGCCACGACAUUCCAUUACGAUUGCCACCACAUUUUGUACGGAAAAAUCGUAAACAAGAUGAUUGGAAACUGUCACCGGUUAACUAUAUGGAUAUCAUUGAAAAUGGUCAACGCAAAUUUGGAUUUGAUAUCAGUCUCGUUUAUACGCCAAUUGAUGAGUUUUCACCAGAGGAAAUUUUACAAUCGAAAUGGUUAAAUGGUGAAAUGAGGAGCCAAAAAGAUGCCGAAAUGGAGAUUACUUGUGGAUUUGAGCGUCUUGAAGAGAUCUACAAUCGCAAAGCAAAUCGAAGAUCAAUGAUUUUGGGUGGAAGAAAGUCGAUGUUACCAAGAAAAUCCAAUUCACCACGCAAAUCAACGUCCAGAAAAUCAAUUAUUGAACAUGCCCCGGCCGUAGCACCAAUGCCAGAGAAUGAAGAAGAAGAACCAACCACUUUAAAUUCGGAACCACCAUUGCCCACCGGAGCGGUGAAGAAAACGAGUUUACCAAAACGUAAGAGCGUUUAUUUCGCAAAAACACUCGAAACUCUGACAACAAUUCAAGAAACAGCAUCGCCACCAACGCUACGCCGUAAGCUUAAUGAAGACGAAGAGACCGCUGAGUCUUAUAAUCGUCCAACUGUGUCAAAAUUCAACAUUUUCGAAGAUAACGAACCGAUAGAUACUGAAGUUGAUGAUAAUAUGUUUAAAGUGCCGCAGGCCGUGCCUGCUCAAAAGUCAGUAUUUCAAGAUGAUCUGGAUGGAUGUACGACACAAACAUUCAAUUUCUUUAUAAAAUCACAAUCGAUCAGUACACCGAAAGUGGAAAAACAAACAGCCAAAAUGUCAGAGCCGGAAAAUGUGGUGACCAAAGGUCUUGACUUUGGAAGUGAUAGUGAUACUACGCCACCAUCGAAUGAAGAACAAAAUGCUGCCACAACUAAGCAACCAUUUACAUGUCGAUUGGCUGACAUGGAUGCGCAAUAUGUAUUAGCCGAACCGCCAGAGAUUUAUCGGCAAAAAUUAUCUGCAAUAAUGGAAACUACGGAAGAUGGUGCUACAAUUUCAUCGUUAGCAGCCACGGCUUCGAGUAAAUCGUCAUCGGUUGAAGAUUUUGACUUUACAAAACAUACAACACAACAAUCUUCGGUAGCCAUGUCAACCUAUCGUCAUCAUACAAUGGUCAAUAGCACGGCAGCAAAAAUGUCAUCGUCAACUAUGUCCACCACCCAUCGAGAGAAUGAAACAAGAAAAAUAUCAGCGCUUGGCUUUGAGAUUUAUCAAGAAGAACCACCAAAACCCAAUGAAUCCAUGCCAUCGGUGAACGUCAUAGCCAAACCAGUCGAUGUGUCAAAAGCACUUGAAUUGCAAAAAGAAGCGACAAUUGCAUUCGAUAAAACAUUACCACCGGCUGGCCAAUUCCAUAUUUACGAAGACGAAGAAAAGAUUCAAGCUGCGGCAAUUCAAGCGAAAAAAGAGAAUUCAGUGUCGGCGAAGGUGAAUGAAACAACGAAACGUGCAGAGAAGUCAAUGUUUGAGAUAUCACGAGCUGAAACAGAACCAUCGAACUGGAGCUCCAAAACACUCACCAAAAAUGAUGCAACAUUAACUCGACGAGUAAGUACAGCACAAGAGAAGAGUGAAAAAGCAUUCGAUUCAACAUUGACGUCAUCGACAGCGAUAAUACCAUCAAUGCCACAUAAGCCUAUUUUCCAAAUACUACAAGAAGACACUGGCCUCACAAUUGCUCCGAUCAAUUUUAUCGAAGAGAAUACCGAAAAAUUACCAAACUUUAAUGCGAAUCGAACAAAUUUUACGCAACAAUUACCGCCCGCAUUCGAACCAUCCAUUUAUAUGCCAGAAUUACCGGAGGAUACAACGAAAAAUAUGUCCAAAUAUUUCAAAGCAAAUGUAUCACGAGUUGAACCACCGCCACCAGCACUCCCACCGUCCGUAUUAAAUGACCAGUCAGUGCUGUACAAUAAAUCAGUAUUUUUAUUGCCAAAAGAGGACACGAUAACCGAUGUGUUUUCAACGAAUUUCGCUGAUGUUAAAACAGAAACUGCGCCAAAACAGCCAAACGAUAUAAGCAUGGUGGCUAUCGGUAAUUUGAGUGCAUUUCAAAUGAUUCCGGAGAUGCCAACAUUGCCCGACAUUGAUUUUGCCGCCGAUGUAAUGAAAAACACAUCUGUUAUCAACGAUAAAUCACAAGCGAUGAACAAAACAAAGUCUGAAACAAUACAAACCGAAGAAAAAUCGCAUGGAGCAUCAUCAGCAGCAAAUCUUACAACUGGCAUUGAAGCAAAUUCGAAGGCAGAUCGUUUAAGUAUAUGGAAUAAAACAGUGGUCGCAGAGAAAUCUCGAACAAAUAUCGAUGAUGAAAUCUACGAUUGUAUUAAAGACAACGACAACGACAUAAAUACUUAUAUGGAUCUCAGUAUUCAAUUGAAUGAUGAUGAAAUGGAUGACAUGGGACCAACAACGGAGAACGUUGUGUCAAAACCAGAUCAAACCGAACCAAAAUUUCUGAUAUGCAAUCCGGUUUCGAUACGUCCCAGUCAAUUUCAAAUGAACGAAACAAAAUCUAAUGACAUGACCAUCAUGAAGGAUGAAAUUCAUAGUGCUCAACAAUCUUUCAAGCAAAUUCAGUUGAGUUCAACCAAAUUGAUGAAUGAUACUGCCAGAUAUGAUGGUUCAGCAAACGUCGUUGAGAACAUUGAAGUGAUUCCACAAAAAUGUGAAGCACCAUCAAUUUACAUGCCCGAAAUGGCCGUGGAUACAACGAAAAAUAUGUCAAAGUAUUUCAAAGCAAACGAAUCAGAAGUCAAACCACCUCAGCCGAUCGCUUCGAAUGAUCUUUCGAUAUUUUUAUUGCCAAAAGAAGACACCGAUGUGUUAACGAUGAAUUUUAACAACGAGAAAACUGAUACAGCGCUAAAACCAUCAAAUGAUAUAAGCACAUUUGCCAUUGGUAAUUUGAGUGCGUUUCCGAUGAAUCCGGAGAUGUCAAAAUUACCCGAAAUCGAUAUUGUCACCGACGUACCGAAAAAUAUCUCAAUCAUCAACGAUAAAUCACAAGCGAUGAACAGAACUAAGACUGAAACAAUGCAAAUCGAAGAUAAAUUGCGAGAUACAAGCAUCGAGGAGACAGCUAGCAUAACGACUGACAUAAAGUUCAAUUCGAUUCAUAUUGAGGAAGAACGCAAAAGUCCGUUGAAUAAAAUAGCGGACGCAGACAAAUCUCGGGGAAAUAUCGAUGAUGAAUUCUAUAAUUGCAUCAAAGACAAUGACAAUGACAUAAAUACUUAUUUGGAUCUUAGCAUUCAGUUGACCGAAGAUGAGAUGGCAGACAUUGGAACCAAAACCGAAGCAGUUGAAGCACCGAAAUUUCUAAUAUGCAAUCCGGUUUCGAUACGUCCCAGUCAAUUUCCAAUGAACGAAACAAAAGCGAACGAUACAACUAUUUCAAAAGAUGACAUUCAUAGUGUUCAACAAUCUUUCAAAGAAAUUCUGGUGACUCCAUCGAAGUCGUCGACUAUCAAACAAGAUAAUUGCUCAUUAAUUGUUGUCGAGGACACUGAAGAUUUGUCAGACAUUUGUAAAUCGUUCGCCAAAGAAACACGCCGUGAAACGAUACACAGCCCAUUUAAAAAUCGAUUUGCAACCAAUCCCAAAUUGAAUGAAACGAUCAGCGCUGUGAAAGAAAUCGAUCCAUUUGAUAUGCAUUUGCAGAAUGCAUUUUUGGACGAUAUUGAUUUCAUCGAAUACAUUAAAGGUUUGGAUUACGUAGAAAUCACAACUAGAGUACGUGCCAUUGAAUUGAAUGCCGUAUUAGAAAUGGGCAACAACACGUUCGACAUUGACAAGCAAAUCGGACAUGGGAGCUUUGGCUACGUGUACAGUGGUAAAAACACAAAAACCGGGAAAAUGUACGCAUUCAAACAGGAACGGCCGGCGAAUUUAUGGGAAUUCUACAUAUCGCUUGAGAUUGCCAGCCGAAUUGAAGACCCAAAAAUGCUUUCUGGAUUUAUGUGCGUGGAGCAUGCAAUGGUUGGUCACAAUUCCAGCAUUUUUGCAUCUGAACUUUGCGAAUAUGGAUCAUUGUUUGAUAUAUGCAAUCGACAUAAAUCAACCACUUGUCGCAAUCUGGAUGAAGUCAUUGCAAUGAUUUUCUCAGAACAAAUGCUUUCAAUCUUGGAUCAUUUACAUGCAUCGAAUAUCGUACACGGUGACAUUAAACCAGACAAUUUUUUGGUCAUGAAAAAACUAAGCUACGGAAGAAAUGAACUUGUCAUAAAAUUGAUUGACUACGGUCGAUCGAUUGAUUUGAACUUUUUCCCACCAAAUCAAAUAUUCACAUCGGUUAUCAACACAAAGAAUUUCGUUUGCACCGAAAUGCUGGAAAAUAAACCGUGGAAACAUCAAAUCGACUUGUUUUGCAUGGCAAGCACAAUGCACACAUUGAUUUGUGGCAAAUACAUGAACGUUAAGAAAAACGACAGUCUUAUUCGGCCAUACAUUCUGACCGACGGUUUGUCAUCGUAUUUGAACGUUCCAUUGUGGGAGCAUGUUCUCUAUUCACUCAUCAACGUUCCGGAUCAUAAUGCUUUGCCCGAUCUACAGAAACUACGACUGUGUAUUCGAGAGGCUGUGGUCGAUAAGGAGGACAUUCUUCAAGAGAAAAUUAAUAAAUUCAACGCAAUUUUGGAUUGUUGAUCGUGUUGAAAUUAGAUAAAGGCAAAAAAAAUAGUUAAUUUUUAUAUGAAGUAAGAGUUUUUUUUUUAAAAUAGAAGUAAUUAUUUCAAUCAAAAAAAAGAUGCAGUUAAUCAUGAACAAUAUUCAUUUAUAUAAAUAUCGACAUUUAUUUUCUUUAAUGCAUAAUAAUAUAUCCGAUGCGAUUUUAAAUGUAAAAAAAAUAUUAUUGCUAAAGGAGAGAGCACGAAAUAAUUAUUCUAUAGCAUAACUAACAUUAAAUAUUUGAUUAAACAUAAACUUUGAGACC